GUCACCAGAGGGUCCUGCACCCCCAGGCAUCUUCAGCGAGGACUCCAUCUUUUAUUGUAUAUGAAAGAAGCAUCCCUGUCACAUACAGGGGAAAGAAAAUGUUGUUAUUGUUGUUUUGGGUGCUGGCCCUCCUGUUCCUCUGUGCUUUUCUGUGGAAUUAUAAAGGACAACUGAAGAUAGCAGACAUCACUGACAAGUACAUCUUUAUCACUGGAUGUGACACGGGCUUUGGAAACUUAGCAGCCAGGACUUUUGAUAAAAAGGGGUUCCGUGUCAUUGCUGCCUGCCUGACCGAGUCUGGAUCAACUGCUUUGAAGACAAAAACCUCAGAUAGACUUCACACAGUGCUUCUGGACGUCACCAACCCAGAGAAUGUCAAGAAGACCGCCCAGUGGGUAAAGAGCCAUGUGGGGGAAAAAGGACUCUGGGGGCUGAUCAAUAAUGCUGGUGUCCUUGGAGUGCUGGCUCCCACUGACUGGCUGACAGUGAAUGACUACAGAGAACCCAUUGAGGUGAACCUGUUUGGACUCAUCGACGUGACACUGAAUAUGCUUCCACUGGUCAAAAAAGCUCGAGGGCGUAUUAUCAAUGUCUCCAGCAUUGGAGGCCGGCUUGCAUUCUGCGGAGGGGGCUACACUCCAUCCAAAUAUGCGGUAGAAGGUUUCAAUGACAGCUUAAGGCGGGACAUGAAAGCUUUUGGUGUGCAUGUCUCAUGCAUUGAACCAGGACUAUUCAAAACACAACUGGCAGAUCCAAUAAAGACAACUGAAAAAAAACUAGCCGUUUGGGAACAUCUGUCUCCAGACAUCAAGCAACAAUAUGGAGAAGGCUACAUUGAAAAAAGUCUAUACAAACUGAAAAGCAAUACAUCCUUUAUGAACUUGGACCUCUCUCUAGUGGUAGAGUGUAUGGACCAUGCUCUAACAAGUGUCUUUCCUAAGACUCGCUAUUCUGCUGGAAAAGAUGCCAAGACAUUUUGGAUACCUCUGUCUCACAUGCCAACAGUUUUACAAGACUUUUUAUUGCUGAAGCAGAAAGUAGAGCUGGCAAAUCCCAAAGCAGUGUGACUCAAUGGACCACAAAUGCCUGCCCCAAGCCUCGAGGUUGACUGAUUUCAAAGACUUACCAUUUCAAUCUCAGUCUUUACCAGACCCAACAUGGGCUCAUUUAGAGCAUGUGUCUGUUUAUAAAGGAGGGUGUCCCAUGGUCCCUUAAUAAGGACAGAGAAAGAAUAUCAUACAUGUCAGUCUUGCCUGAUACUGAAGCCUUGGUAAGAUGAAAGGGAAACUGAAAGACUUCUCCAUCCAAGAUAUGUGUGCUGCUACCUGGCCCUUGCUGGUUCAGUAAUCCAGAAUGUUAAACAUCAUCUUUUAUCAAAACAUUAAGAGAUAAGAAGUCUUUCGUAAGUGGCCUGGUGGCUCUGGUAGAUCACUGAGAAGACUCAGGCUGGCAUUCACUAGGUUCUGAUAAACUUUAACAGGAACAAGAAAGUGACAAACCGCACUGUCACACAAAGCACUGGUAUGAACCGAGAGGUGGUGAAAAACAGAGGAAAAGAAAAGACAGGAAAGGGAAUGAAAACCAGGAGCUCCAAGACAAGCUCCAUACUCCAGAGGGACAUAGAAGAUGCACUACAGCGACUACUAUGACAUUAUCCCAGCUGGUCCUAGUCCAGGGAGCAUUUCAUGUCUGGCUUCAUCUGUUUGAGUCAGCCACAUCACGGCGGAAGUUCACAGUUCUGUUGGCCACAGCCAUACCUCAUUUCAACGGCCAGGUUCUUGGCUCCAUUCACAGCUUCAGAGUCUGUGGCUUGCUGCCCUUUGACUUUCCAGAUGUCCCAAGGCUGCCAAGAUCUGCAGAAUCUGAAGGAAACUCCUUUGCCGAUCUUCCCACCGUAUUAGUCCAAUGGCUCAACAUGCUAAGUCUGUCUUUUAUUUGCCUUUUCUGGGAUCAUUUUGAUUUUUCUUAUUCUUUUAAGUAGCUACAAUUUCCUGUUUCUUCCAACCAAAAACUAAGUGACCUGCAGUCCCCUGUUAAGAUCCAGCUUGCCAAAUGCAUUACCAGCUGCCCAGUGUGCCAGCUGCCCUUCUGUAACACUUUUGAGUAUGUCCUCCUUUGCUAUAGUUCUGCCAUCAGCUUCCCCUCAGAGAAGGCUCAAUGGACCCCAGUGGUUACUCUUCACCUGUUGGUUCAGAGAUACUGUGAAGGAGCCUGCUGCCAUAGUAAGCCAGCCUGAGCCCCGGGAUCCCCAAAUAAGUCAAGAGAGUGUCAAGAACAAAUUCCUCGUUUCUGUGGCUGAAAGCGGGGCAUGUCUAAACUGUCCAGACUAAAGAAAAUCUCUUCCAUUUAAAAUAUCUUCAAAAACCCUAAAACAUCAGUGGGCAGCUCAGCCUAGUGUAUGAUGAGGAAAAUUCCCAGGAAGCUUCUAAGAAAAAUGCUCAAAUUUCACCCUCCUCUGUGGUAUUAGUCCUAGCAGUUCUCAGUGGUGUAAAAUAUCACAGACUCAUUUACUGAUGUGGAGAAAAUAGCCAGCCAUUCUCAAAAUGAAAAAAGCUCUGGUAUCUACAAGCGACUUAUAUCAAUUUUAAUCUAAAUGACCACUUCCUGAAUUCUUGCAUGCCAAACAAGACAAUUCUCAUUUGUUUUGUUUUGUUUUGUUUAACUUACUUAUUUUUAUUUUAUGUGCAUGGGUGUUUUGCCAUGGGUGCUGGGUUCCCUAGAACUGGAGUUUACAGACAGUUGUGACCCACCAUGUAGGUGCUGGGAAUUGCACUCUGGUCCUCUGGGCGAGCAGUCAUUGCUCUUAACCCCUGAGCCAUCUCCAGUCCAACAAUUCAGAUCUGUACAUUUUUCCUUAAUUAACUCUGGUUAUUUUCACCCUUGCUUUUGUUGCUGAGGGUCAAACAUCCAGGAUCUCACUCAAGAGCCUGAGCUACACCACUAAGAUAUACCACACCCAAGCUUGUAAUUUAUUUUUAAAAAGGAAAAUGUUUAUAGUUUCCACCAUGGUUUAUGAAGCAUUGUGCUAGCCAAAGCACUGUUACCACCUGUCUACCGAUUCUCUUGUUGGGACACUUGCCAGAGAAAGAUCCAGAUCCACAGCCAGACAGGGUGCCUGGAAAUAGGAUAUAACCUCAAAUAGGUCAGGCAAGGACAACUCAACCCUCUGUCAUUUUCUGUAGUCAGUACCUUCCCUAAAGUGACCCACUUCACUUCCGUCAGAGAAAUUGGAGUCAGAAAGGAUCCCACUAUGGAUCUGUAGCCUAUAUUGUAGACAACAGCCAUCUAGUCAUACAUAGGGGAAAGUUUACUCUCUGUCUUUGGUCUGGUUUUCCUCCUCCAUGGCAGUUAUAACUUGAGUAUGUGCAAACCAAAAUGGCGGUAACUGGGUUAUGAAACAGACAAUGCAGAAAAAAGUCUUCCCACUAGAGUAAUAAUAGGAAAAGUAAUCCAGCUGGCGAUUCAGUGGAUACUCUGUGCAUGUCAGAGUCUUAGUACAGUCUCUACGUGUUCCAAAAACAGUUUAAUCUAACCCUCACCAUGUCUCAGUCAGCUGUGUAUUUUAGACAUGGGGAAAUGAAAUCAUAGCCAAGUGGGUAAUUUUCUAUAUUUUAGAGUGCUAGUCAUCUUGGGCCAGGACUCACCCAGAUAGCCUCAUUCCAAAGACCAUGUGAUUGUAGUAUAUAAUAAAGAAUCCAAGGCUUGCAGAGUCUUCAUAAACAUUGAUUCUGAUUGUACAGAAAUAAAGCCUUCAUUAAACAGUCUAA